UUAGUAACAUCGAGCACCUUCAAGUGAUUCGUCCAUGUUGAACUUCAGGUGAAGUCUCCAAAAACAAAAGUAUUUUAUGUAUUUACUUGAUGCUCUUCGAGUGCCAAUUCGAGAAGAAUUUGUAAAUGAAAGUAGAAAGAUUGUCUGCAAAAGCCACGUCCAACGAAGUUGAUAUUAUUUUAGGUGUUGUUUUUUCGUUGUUUUUUUUUCUCGUUCUUGCAAAGUAAAAUGACAUUUAAUAGCAAAUACAUAAUACUAUUUGUAUACAUAUGACACAGGAGAGGAACUAUUUAGUGGUUGACAUGGAGAAGGCUGCUGGAGAGGACUGUGGAGACCCUCCAAUACUUAUUGACAGUGGUACCGAAAGCAUAAAUGAGAGUCCAAUUGGUGAAGACAGUUCACAUCACUCGUCUGCUUCAACAUCUCAGGUUGACACUGAUAUCUGGGAUAUUGAUGAUACUAUUAAGCAACCACAUGGUGUCAAGAAUAUUCUGGACAAGGCUAUCUCUGUUGAUGAAGAUAGUCUCAUAAAACCACUAGAACCUACCAUCUGCUGCACAUCGCAAAAUGUUAGCUGUGACAUGAAUUUAUUGCAUCUGGACAAGCCUCUGCUCUCCAUCUUGCGCAGAACUCCAGCAAAUACUGAUCUCCAUAGACGUGUAUCAUUUCCCACUGACUUUGGAGUCUUGGCCAUUUACAAAGAACCUGAUCUUAAGACACCAUAUAAAUUAGACGAGACCACUUCUGAAAAGAUGAUCACUUGUUACCAAGAAUCAUGCAAAAGACACAAUGCUGUUGAACUAGAUACCAUCAAAAAUCAGAUUAUUGAAAUCAAAAACAAUACCAAUUUUUCUGCAGUAUUGAACUUGGCUGGUAUAAAUUUGACCAUGGAAGUAUGUGAAACUCUAGAAGACCUCUUGAAAUUGUCCAAUUUCCAAACAAUAAAAAUUAAAGAUUGCAAAUUCAAUGAUGAAAGCAUCAGGGAGUUUUUGAACAUCCUGGAAUACUAUGACAGUGCCUCAGAAUAUAUUACCACUGAUUUCUAUAAAGAGACGGAUACGUGGAACACUUUUUGCAGCAUGCUCUCAAAGAGCUCUGUUUUAGAAUCAUUGACGUUGGAGGGCUUCCUGUUUAACGAUAAUUAUAUAAAAAUGCUUCUGCAAAAUAUCAAGGUUAACGAUACUCUGAUCACUCUAAAGCUGAGUAACUGCAACAUUGGUUUCUCGCCAAUGUCUCACUUAGUGGACACAAUACAAGUGAGCAAAUCAAUCACCGAAUUGUAUUUGCCGCAGACCGGCCUCUAUACCAGAGAAACCGAACUCCUCGGCAAGCUUCUGAGUAACUACCAUGACCUGAAGGUGCUGGACAUCAGCAAUAAUUUUAUUGGUGACAGAGGCCUUGAGGUGCUCGCCAAAGGGCUGUGCAAUCAAGACGACGACAUUUGCGGACUGAAUGUGUUCGUGAUUUUUAAUAACCAAAUUACAGAGAAGAGUGGACCAAUAAUCUCUAAUAUUAUUGAAAAGUGCAGAACUUUGCACACCCUAAACAUUGGGUACAAUAAUUUGACUGAUGCCGUGGUCACGGCGAUGGAGUCUGGCCUUAAAAAAACGACUUCUCUGAAUUGGCUGGGCUUGCAAUCUACCGUUUUAACCGACAAGGGUGUUAUGAAGCUAGCAGAACUUAUUCAAAUGAAUAAGUCCUUGACGAAAGUUAAUUUGAAAGGAAACAGGGCGAUUCGUAACGAAGGUUUGGAAAAACUUAGCCACGCCCUGACCAAUACAAUGAUUUCCCGCGUGGAACUUGAUGCAAGCAGCAGAAAUUCAGAUGAUCCGCAGGGUUUUAUGGAGCUGGUGAAGAAGAUUAACGCUAUCUGCACUGUGAAUAAAUCGAAGGCGGAGCAGACGUGUGAUGAGGAGGUGCUCAAUUGGACCAUGCAGAUCUCGCGAAAGGUGUCCUUGAACUGUGACCCAAUCUAUCCAUCGGCGCCGGCGGACUCUCUGCACACCAUGCAGAAGAAGUCUUCAGCAUCGAUCCCGGGAAGCAGGUUUGUAGUGUCCAAAGUGACAGAGAAGAAGCCUUCGCGCUUUGUCGUAGUGCCGGUGCAACAUCACGAUUCCAACGAAAGCCUGGCCAGUUCUCCGCCACAAGACGAAGAGGAUAAUAAAUUUUCGAAUGUUAGGAGCAGUGUAUCCUCAAAUGAUAGCGUAGAGUCGAACAGCGUGUACGAUUCCACCACUCCCAGCGGGGAAAGCGAUUAAGGUCGUACUUAAAAAAAAAAGAGAAUGGAUGAGAGUAAAACACAUUUUCUUUAUGCACUUCUGUGAUACCUUUUGUGUUAAUAUUAUGAUUAGUUUCUUUCUAUAUAUAUACAUAUACAAAACAUCUUCUUUUUUACCGUUUAAUUUGAUUUGUUCCCAAAAUUUGUGAUAACACUAAAUCCGUUUAACGUCGCCGACCCUAAUCCGGGAAAGCGAAGACCAAAUAGAUUAAAUUUAACCCAUUCUAAAUAAUUCCGCUCAUCAACUGCCAUCCAAGCAUAUGUAUUAUAACUUCACUAAAGCCAGAAUAGUAAAUACGUAUCGCACACUUAAAUAAAUGAAAAUGUUUGUAUAUGUAUAGAUAUAUGUUGUAGCUUUUAAGUUUUCGUUAUAAAAGAAACAAAAUCAAGUAAAACGAGAAAAAGAAAACACGUUUACAGUACAAAAGGAAUGGAAAGCAGCCUUAUUUAAUUUUUGUUACACUACUGUGAUUUUCGUUGUGUGAUACGCAAAUGAAAUUUACAAAAUUUCAGAUUUGUUUCUUCCCAUCCCAUUAAAUGGUGAAUGAGGAAUAGCUUGUUGAUCAAUUAAGUAUUUUUUUUCCUUAUUAUUUUAUUUGUUAGUUUAUUUUAGAAAAUUAUAAACCGUAAAGAAAUAUGUGUAUGUAUAUUCACAUAUAUAUAUAUAUAAGCAACUACCUAAGCUGAAUCAGGGAUUUGCAAUUUAAGUUUCUCUACGAAUGCAGGGUUCACCAUUGUGUGUGUAUUGUUUUUAUUUUAAACCGUCGCGUUACAUUCUGAGUUAGAUGCGAAUUGUGUGAACUAGUCAACAAAACAAAUAGCACGUUUCGGUUUAUAUGAAUUACUCUCACGGACCUUGUUUUAGCUGUAUUUAGUACCUUAUUCGUACUUUGUUCAUUUCGUUAAUCUAAGCAAAAAUUUCGUUAUUUUUCGUUUUUAUUUUUUUUUAUAUGUUUCUUCCUCAGUUCAUUAUUAUUAUUAUUAAUAAUGUAAGAGAAACUUGUAUUCGAGCUCCUAGAUUUUUUUAUAUCACAUUGAUAUUCUCAAUAUGCCAAGCCUUUAAUAUGUUCAGCUGGAGUACAAGUUUCGACACCUAAAAACAAUAUUACAAAAUAAAAUAACAAAGAAUUAUAUAUAUACAGAUUAUAUAGUAUGUUUAAAAAAUAUAUAUAUUUAAACAUAUACCGGGUGUGGAAAGCUGCCAUUUACAAGGCACGGAUUUUCCGAAUACCAACAUUUCGCGGCAUGCACUAUAUAUUUUUUUGUAAUAAUUUAAGGUCGUUACAAUUUAUUUAUUUCCGUUUUGUUGUUUUAUAACGUUUACCAAAUUUUUUGAAAUUUACCACUAUAAUUAUCAAACACAUUUCCAUUGUAUAAACCUAUAUGCGAAAGCACCGCAACAUUUGACUGAUUUUGUUUAUAAAUGUCCUUAGUACUUAUGUCGUAAAAUUGUUGUUGUAACUCGAAAGUUAUGUUUGUUAAUAGUUUUUUUUUUUACCAAUUCAAUGUUAUAUAUAUUAUUAUUUUUGUCUGUUUAUAUGUUAGUUGUAGCGUAUUGUUAACGAACAGAGAGGCAUUUACAAGUUAUUAUUAGCAUCUCAAGACAAACUGCCCGGAAAUGUUAUUUAUUAGGUUUAUUAGGAUGUCCGCCUUAAGAGACUUUCACACCCCGUGUAUGCAUUAUGUUUAAAAUGAAAAGCAACAAAAAAAAAACAAAGAUAAAUAAUAUAUAUAUUUUUAUAUUAAUGUUGGAAACAUAUUCAGAAGUAUAGAUGAAUAACGUAUAUAGACUUAGAUUUUUGGUACAAAACAAAGAACAUAAUAACUUAGUGAUAUAGUAAACAGUUUUUUUUUUAAUUAUACAUAUAUAUAAAAAUUAUAUUUGAAGAAAAAAUAACGUUUGUGAAACAUUUAAAUUGUCUUGUCAAUGCCUGCUGGUACAGAGUUCUUGCGGGCAAUUCUCCGAAGAUGUUUGAUUUUCCCCCUCGUUAUUAUAUAACCAGUUCCAACGAUUGUAUUGUUUUGAUUAAAUGGAAAUUAUUUGUUAUAUUAUUAUUAUUUUAUUAUUGUUUUGGAGCUUGUGUAUUGAUGUCUACAGCGAUUUGGAUCGAUGGGCGAUUUCGUGAUUUUUUCCGUGAUUUCAGCGAUGCCUUCAUUCUUCAGAUACGGAUGAAUUAAUAAACUGCUGCUUGUUUCUAGUUGAAAACUAUAUAUUUUAUAUAACUUAUUGUAUGUAUCUAAGUGUGCGUUUGUAAGAGCAGCAUUUUAUUAGUGCCAAAAGAGAAUUUUAAGAAAGUAAAAAUAAAUAAAAACGAAAUCGCGCUCGUCCAAAUUCAAGCGAGUGAUAGAAUAUGUAAGCAAUUCAAAUUACUAUUAGAAAUGUUUUGUACAGAUUUAUAAUGUAUAUUCACAUGCACUUUAGCAUUUUGUUGAAAAGAUGUUAAAUAUAUAUAUAUAUAUACAUAUAUAUAUCUAUAUACAUGUGUAGACCGUGAUAGUUGGAUUAAUAAUUUCAAAGAAUCUUCCACUCAAUUGGAGAGCAUUUUCCGCAUGCCUUUAGGAAGCAACCAGCAGAAAAUUAUUAACAGUUAAUAAUAAAGUUCUUGCAUUACGCUUCCAAAUUAAAAAAAAUAAUUUAAUAUAUUUUCUAGUUUUUACAAAUCGCUUUUAUUUCAACCCUCAUUUCCUACAACAUUUUUCAGAAAAUUUAGAAGCGAGAGAUAAGAAAAGUUGAAUAAAUAAUUAUAGACUAUACAGUGGAACCUCGCUUAACGAGUUUAAUCCG